AUGCUUUCAAAGAAGGCAGAGUUUGGAUUAGAUUGGUUUACUUUCCUAUGCCCAUUCUUCAAGAAGAAUGGUGGAUCGCAUUGGAAAAAGCUACAAGAAUCCCUGCAAUUACAUGGUGCUUAUAUCACUGAGGGAAGCGUUCUCCCAUUACAAAUCAUAUCAGAUCAGCAUAAGGGUAUCAAGAAAGCCUUGGGCAUGUUGAGAACUUGGUGUAAUGUUCCAAUUGAGAGUUUCGCAUGCUCCAAAAACGUCGAGAGAAAUCUCUUCAAGUACACAACCUCAAAGCACAGAAAGGUCAUGCAAUAUAGCUUUUUCCAAUUGAUAUUUGAACCUGAUCCUAAAAAGGUCCCAGUAGUCCAAGAAGCAAUCAAGGGGUCUUUCUUUGAUAGGCAUACGAAAGAGACUGUCAACAGUACUUAUAAUCUCAUUACCGACACACAGGACUGUGCUAGAGGUCUCCAGCUUUACAAUUCGGUGACUCUAAGGUUUGAUAUUAUGACAUCCAAUCAAUGUGAGAUUCUGAAUGCAGAGAUGUUCGCAUUUAGGCUAUUGAACCCAACCAAUCUCACUUCCGAAGUGCUGUUAAUGCAAUGUGACAAGGGCGAAAAUCACAGAGUUGAUGACCUUUGA